GUCGCCCUACUCAAAAAUAACGAUCCAAUGGGAAGCGGGUAAACAAUGGCUAGGGAAGCGUCGAUUGGCCGCGCUGUCGUCAAGUCGACCGCGGUGGACGAAUCCGCGAGUCGUACGCGAGCGGCUCUGACAGAAAGUGGCGGCGCACCGUUCUGUCAGUCUUCCCCCCCCUACCCCACUGCAACUGCACGUCGAGCAUUCAGUAGACUCGGCCAUUUCUCUCGCGAAACGUAGAUACUCGUUCAGUCGCGCGACGUUUUUUUUUUGCGACUGCAUCGUGCGGGUACUCCCGGAAGUUUUACAAAAUAACGCGACGCAAAAGGAUGAUACACUCCGGGCGCACCAGGCUCGAGAAAAAAGUAAGUCUCCAACAAUUAGGAGUGGGAGGAGGGGGCCAUGGGGUACUGGCAGUCGAGGAAUCGGAAAAGGGUGGCGGCGGUACCGGUGGACAAUGGUGGAAGCAGCAGCAUCCAUCCUAUCAUCACCAUUAUCACCAUCAUCAUCAUCAACAACACUAUCAUCAUCAGGGCGGUUAUUACACGUCGCAAUCGCAUACUCACAACCCUGUCACUACCAUGAAGCAAUCCUACAUGCAGCUAACAUGGGUAUUUCACGAUGACGAAGCGCAGAUUAACAAGAAACUGCCAAAAGAAUUGCUACUCAGAAUUUUUUCAUACCUCGAUGUCGUAUCGCUAUGCCGUUGUGCCCAAGUAAGCAAGGCCUGGAACGUGUUAGCGCUCGAUGGAUCCAAUUGGCAGAGGAUCGAUCUCUUCGAUUUUCAACGAGACGUGGAGGGACCAGUAAUAGAAAAUAUCUCGAGGCGUUGCGGCGGAUUUCUCAGGCAGCUCUCGCUCAAGGGAUGCCAAAGCAUCGGCAACAACUCUAUGCGCGCUCUAGCCCAAUCGUGUCCCAAUAUCGAAGAGCUCAAUCUAAGCCAAUGCAAGAGGAUCUCGGAUGCGACAUGCGCGGCCCUCAGCAGUCAUUGUCCCAAACUCCAGCGACUGAAUCUGGACUCGUGUCCCGAGAUAACGGACAUGUCCCUAAAGGAUCUCGCGGCCGGCUGUCCGCUGCUCACUCACAUCAAUCUCUCGUGGUGCGAGCUGCUCACCGACAACGGGGUCGACGCGCUCGCCAAGGGAUGCCCGGAACUCCGUAGUUUCUUGAGCAAGGGAUGCCGCCAGCUCACGGAUAAGGCUGUAAUGUGUUUGGCGCGCAACUGUCCUAAUCUCGAGGCGAUCAAUCUACACGAAUGCAGGAAUAUAACGGACGACGGAGUUAGAGAACUUAGCGAACGGUGUCCACGGCUGCAUUACGUUUGCCUGUCGAAUUGCCCCAAUUUAACGGACGCGACGUUGAUUAGCCUGGCACAACACUGUCCACUCCUCAAUGUACUCGAAUGCGUUGCGUGCACCCAUUUCACGGAUACGGGCUUUCAAGCCCUCGCGAGAAAUUGCAAAUUGCUCGAGAAGAUGGAUCUGGAAGAGUGCCUUUUAAUCACCGACGCCACCCUAACUCACUUGGCGAUGGGUUGUCCGAGAUUGGAGAAACUAAGUCUGUCGCAUUGCGAGCUGAUCACCGACGAAGGCCUCCGACAAAUCGCACUGUCGCCGUGCGCGGCCGAGCACUUAGCCGUUUUGGAGCUGGACAACUGCCCGAACAUCUCGGACAAUGGUCUGAAUCAUCUGAUGCAGGCCUGCCACAAUCUUGAACGUAUCGAACUUUACGACUGCCUACACAUUACCAGAGAGGGCAUACGUAAACUCAGAGCCCAUCUACCGAACUUAAAGGUGCACGCGUAUUUCGCACCACCGACUCCGCCACCCAGCGCGGGAGCCUCGCGACAACGAUACUGUCGGUGCUGCGUCAUUCUGUGAUUUUGCCUUCAACUCCUAACUCCGAAGUAAAAAUCGUCCGAUAUAUAUCCACGGAGGGAUUAUAGUGGACCUUUAUCGGUAGUCGCCAGCUACGGCGAUUAUGGGACCUCUCUCUCUCGUGGUUACCGGAGGAGCGUUCUGGUUGCCUAUCACACAUUGAUAAGUGAGAACCGGGGACUCGUUAUCAAUUGCAAAUCGUUAAAUCGAUUCGAGCUCCGAGACGCAACGAGUGAAGUAUGUCACCAUCAUCACAGCCACUGAAGCUACUACUGCAAUUACCACUAUGACCUCUGCUGCUGCUGCUGCUACUAUUACUAUUAAUACCGCUGUCACUACUAUACUUACUAUCAUUUCUAUUUGUAUUCCGUUAUCUCGAUAUAGUAUGUGCAUUGUUACUCGGUUAUAUUAUGUGCGGGAAGUUAGUUUGCAAAGGAAAGAAAUUCUCAGGUUUCUUUUAGCAAUAUUAUAUAUUGUUUCUUUAUGAUCUUCAUUUAGCGUGAUGUUUGUCACCCGGAAAGGAAUGACACGCGUACUUUUUGAGCUACUCACUACUGAGCGUACGUAUUUAAAAGCAUGUAGCUUAUUUUGAUUAGCGUUUGGACGCGUAUUUUCCUAGCGCUACGCGAGUAAGUUUAUCGAUUUACGUUGUUCGAUAAACACGAGAUACUUAUUUUAAGAUACGUAAAUGCGUAAAUGUCUUAUAAAUAUCUUAAUGAGCACCCGCGCGCGCGUAUAUUACCGAUGGGGCGAGGAAGAAAAGGCAAACGGUAGUUUUAGGGGAAAUGGAGUCGAGCAUAAUGCUUGCAAUUGUAUCCAGAAAUCGAAUUUCAUAUUCAUACACACAUCUCGAUGUGUAACUGUAGCAGUUUCUCAACGAACACUGCCUAUAAUGCUAUUGAUAAACGAGAAAAAAAAGAAAAAUAAAAAAAACAUACGAUAUAGCAAUCGCGAAUCGAAUCUCGUCGUAAUGAUAUUUAGGAUAUUAAUAUCGUUUAUCGUAUAACGUAGACAUACGCACCGAUAAAAUACGUGCGAUGAGAAUGUUUCUUCUCGGUGUCUGUUUAAAAGUAUUAACAGAUCGCGUGUACGCGUAAUUAUUGAGCGACACCUACGAAUUUCUUUCCUUUUGUGAAAAAAAAAAAA